AUGAAGUCCAUAAACGCUCUCUUAUGCCUCACCGGCGUCGUCAGCGGUGCCGCUAUCUACCCGGCCGUUAAGCCCAUCAACGUCGAGGGUCUCGCCAACGGAUUAUACGACGUCCCCCUCGGCCCCAACGGCAUGGACUUCUCGCGCGCCACCCUCGACGAAGCAUGGAACAUCAGCGCCUCGGCGCCGGACUACCUCUCCGUGAUCGCCAACGCCGAGGCCUACAACGAAACGGGCAUAACGCCAUACUGCACGCCUCAAUUCCCCACGCGCAAGACGCUGUGCCGGGAGCGCAAGAUCCGACGGGACGACUACCUCCGCGCGUACGCGAAGUACCUCGACUGGAUCAACAACGGGCCGGACAACGGGUGGGUGCGGAAGCACCAGUGCAAGACGAUCCUGUGGGGGUCCGUCGUGGUGUCAACGUGCAGCUGGGGCGGACCCAACCCGACUUGUGUCGGGGAGCUGGUUGAGGCUAUGCGCGAGUUGGAUAUGUACUGCGCGUACGACGAGGGCGGGGAUAUUAGUAUCCGCCAUUGGAAGAAGGUGUACGGACGACAUAAUGUUCGGGAUGAGGUUAAUGGUGGGAGUUAG